AUGGAAUCAAAGAAAGUGACUAUCGAUGAGAAUGAAUUGGAUCAAUUCGUUGCUGCUAUGUUGAAAUCUAUCGACAAAUUAGAAAAGAUUUCAGAUGUUUACAGAAAUUACGCAUAUAACAUGAACAACUUAGUACAAUUUGAUGCAACAAUGUAUCAAACGAGUAUUGACACCAUUGAUGAAAUAUACAAGAGGCUUUCAGAGUAUUACAAAAACGCUGCAAAAAGUUAUCGACGUUCACUUGAAGAUCUUAAAGACAUCAACGCAAGAUUUGCCGUUUUAGUUCGAGUAAGGACAGAUAGACUUAAUGCAUAUCAAGAUUUUAUGCGCGAUUUUCAAAAUUCUCAUUUUGCAAAAUAUAAUUACAAACCAACAUCAAGUUUCUAUCAGAAUGCUGUUAAAGCUGAACGAGAUUCAGCAGAAAGACUCUACAACCUUGACAAACUUCUUCUUGAAACUCAUAAGAAAUAUAAAAGGUUUCAAUGGCGAAGAAUCAAAUCCGCAUGGGUCAGAUAUAGUCAUACUUUUACAGAGCUAUACAAAUUCGAAGCAUUAUGCUUUGAAUACAUUAACAAAAUCCUUAAUGCGCUCAAAAAUUAUCCAGAAGACCCAGAAUCAAUCAUUGAGAAAAGUGAAAUCGAUUUACCCAAGCUAUACACCAUGUAUUACGCUCAGGAACAGCUCCACGACCAUCUUUCAGUCCAUCAUAAAUCUGAUAGCGGAAAUUCAUCUCAAACACCAAUAACUGUUCAGGACAUUGAAGUACAAGAAGUUUCUGAUGACUAUGAAGAGGAAUCAGAACCAGAAGAACCAGUUGCCGAUCCAAAUGCAGAAAUUGAAGAAUUUGUUGCAGUAAAAUCAUCAAAAAACAAAUCUUUGAUUGCCAUUCCAACAAUUCCUGCAGAAAAGGACUUGGAAGAAGAGAAUUUGGUUCAAUUAAACAUUCCUAUGGAAAUGCAACUUUAA